UCUUUCUCUCUCUCUCUCUCUCUCCGAGGACGCAUUUUCUCUGAGAGGUAUUAGUGAAAUUGUUUCCUGCUCGUAUCGAACAUUGCUUCGAUUCUCGCCCACUUUCGCCUCAAUAAUCUAUAGGCAACGGCCUUGAUAUCAUGGAGAUCGCUUCACCUGAUACCGGGCGAUCGUCAUGCGACCAAAUCGCGAUGGUCGAUGAGGGGAGAAGGCCGUCUAGCGUCGCCAAAGCUAAAAGAAAUGAUUCCAAUCCAUGGAGAAGAUUGAAUCGUGGCCCGUCGAAGCGGACUAGCUGGAAUCGAUCCCUUUCAAUAAGGGGGCGGGAAAGUAUAAUAUUUGUUGGCGGCCUGAACUUGAGGACAAAGCCCAAACAAAGAGGUGGGCGGAAGAAACUAAAGCAGAAGAAAGCUCCGGAGCAACUCUAUGAUUUCAGCAAGGAGAAGGCCUAUUUUGAAGAGGUUGAUGCCUUUGAACUGUUGGAGGAAAGCCCUUCUCCCAAUAGGUUCAUUUGGAAGAUGGGUACAGAUUAUGAAUGCAUAGAGCAUGAUUUGUCUGCCAUUUUGGGUCGGUGGAGACGAUCAAAGCUAUUUUUGGGACGGUGCAUGGCUUGGCCGCUAUCUAAGAUAAUGGAGACAAUACCAGCUCCCUCCGGUUACACUACUAGUGUUGGUUCAUUCAAUCAUGGAGUUGCCUAUUCUUUAUCACAGAUCAGAGAAACUUCAUCUUUUGAAUUGAGCGAGAGUAAAUCCAACAGUGCAACACAAAAAUCUACUAGGGAGCCUCACUCAGAAGUUGCCUCGAACUUUUCCUGUGACCUAAGCGGUGUUUCUUCGAGGAGUGUAAAUAAAAGUUUGAUUGGAGACCUGAGCGCAGAGUCUGUCUUAUCUUCCUUCAGUGCCCUUACCAUAAAACAAGAGGCAACAACUACUGAUAAAUGUGAAGGUGAAAUAGCCUUAUCAGAAAACAAGGCAUAUAAGGUGGUUGACGUUGGUGGCAUGAAAAAUUUAGUGACCUUACCUCGAGAGUCAUGUGAUGGGGAAUCAUUGGCUGCGUUUGAGCAGCUUCUGAUGGUGUGCAAGCAGUCAUCUCCAAUAAAAUUGUCUGAAGUCUUCUUGAAUUAUUGUGAUGCUAGCAGUAUAAUAAAGCUUGGUGAAGGUACAUAUGGAGAGGCUUUUAGAGCUGGUGAAACUGUAUGCAAGAUAGUUCCCAUUGAUGGUGAUUUGGUAGUUAACGGAGAAGUCCAGAAGAAAUCUGAAGAGGUGUUAGAAGAGGUCUUGCUUUCCUUAACGCUAAAUUCUUUGAGAGAGCAGCAUAAAAAUAGUGACAAGCUCAAUUCGUGUGGAAGUUUUAUUGAGACCAAGGAUUUUCGAGUAUGUCAAGGCUUGUAUGAUACAAACUUAAUUAGAGCGUGGGAAGACUGGGAUGCCAAAAAUAACUCUGAGAAUGAUCAUCCUUGUGCAUUUCCAGAAGAUCAACGCUAUAUUGUGUUUGUAUUAGCUGAUGGUGGAAAGGAUCUUGAAAACUUUGUUCUUCUAAAUUUCAAUGAGGCUCGAAGUUUACUUGUGCAGGUUACAACUGCAUUGGCUGUUGCAGAAGUUGCAUGUGAAUUUGAACAUCGAGAUUUACACUGGGGCAACAUUCUCUUACGUCGUGGUGGGGCCACAAUAGUUGAUUUCACCCUUGAAGGAAAAAAAAAGAGUGUUAGUACCUUUGGGCUGACAGUGUCUAUAAUUGACUUCACACUUUCUCGUAUCAACACUGGAGAAGCUGUACUCUUUCUUAAUCUUUCAUCAGAUCCUGAACUCUUCAAGGGUCCCAAAUGGAAUAUACAGUCUGAAACAUAUAGAAGGAUGAAAGAAGUGACUGGAGAAUGCUGGGAGGAGAGCUUCCCAAAGACCAAUGUUCUAUGGCUGAUAUAUCUUGUUGACAUUUUGGACAAGAAGAAAAUCUAUGAACGUACAAUAAAGGAUGAGAGAAAUCUUAGGUCUUUUAAAAGGCGUCUUCACAACUUCGAAUCUGCUAAAGAUACUCUUUCUGACCCUUUCUUAAGUGAAUUAUUUAAUGAUUGAAAUGCCGUGAAAUUGCCAAGGGGUAAAGAGACGAGGAAAAAUAGAGAAGCCAAACCACAUAAAGAUUGUAUAGUUUUUAACUAAUUUAUGGCUUUUUUCCAAGUCCUAGAAUCGGAUUGUGUGCCAAAUGCACUAGCUCAAAAUCAUUAGCUUGCAUAAAAUUGAAGGGAAUGCAGAUUAGUUUAUGUAUUAGAAACUCAUGUUCCUACGAAGUUGUAACUUCCAAUGCUUGAAAAGCUUUCUUAAGCUAACUCAAGCAAACUUGAUUAUCAACAUUUAAAAGUUAAGCAUUGAGAAGUUAACUUUCAAUACUUAAAUGUUUAGUCCUAGGAAUUAUGUGCAAAUGCAUUUAUAUUUAGUUUGUGUAACUUAGUUAAUUACAUUCUGGAUAGAAUGAACUCUCACGAUUAAUUUAAGUAUUUUUUUCAUGA